AAAAAAAAUUAAGAUAGCAUGUCGAUCUUAAAAAAGAAACCACUUCUAAAUAAAUUUCUGAGUAAUCAUAAUUCUCAAGAAGAAUCAAAUGUUAUGUCAUCGCCUUCUAGUGCUAAUUAUACAAAAAAUUGUGAAGAUAUUUGGAUGAAUGAUAUGGAAAAAAGCAGUAUAAGUUCAGAGUAUAGUUCUGAACCUGUUAUAUGUGAUAUAAAAGAAAGACAAAUAAUAAAUCAACAACCAUGGAAUAUAGAGGAAAUUAUUUUGGCCCUAUCUAAUCUUCCAGCAGGAAAGCAAGCACUUUCUGUUAUUUCUACUCUUCAUGGAGAUAGUUUGAAUAAAGUUUUAGAUGAAUAUCUGAACACCGAUUAUAAAAUCAUCACAGAAGAUAUUCACAAAACUACCAUAUCUUUAUUUGUAAAUAGACGCAUACAAAAUAAUUUAUUAGAUAUUGAAAAUGAAGCAGCUAUAAAUACAACUGUUCCAGAACUUUUUUUAAGAUGGCCAAGCACUUGUCUUUUAGUUUCUUGUUAUUUAGGUCAUGUAGAUAUAGUCAAAGCUUUAUUGACUAAAAAUGCAAAAGUUUCAGCUAGAGAUAGUGAUGGCAGAACAUCAUUACAUUUGGCUGCAUGUACAGCUUCAUUAACAAUUUUAGAAAAAUUAUUACAACAUGGAGCAAAUCCAUGUGAAUGGGAUUUUAGUAAAAAGUAUACACCUUUACAUUGUGCUGCAGCUACUGGAGAUCUUGCUUGUGUUAAAUGUUUAAUAAAAUCAGGAGCAGAUGUAAAUGCUGGAAUGUGUGGAAAAAGUCCUCUUUAUUAUGCUGUUUUAAGUAAUGCAGUAGAUUGUGUCAAAGCUUUAUUAGAAGCAGGUGCUUCUCCUAAUAAUCCACAGGUUUAUACAGAAACACCAUUGCAUGUAGCAGCUGGUUUAGGUUCUAUUGCAUGCACAAAAUUAUUAUUAAAUUAUGGAGCAGAUGUAAGAGUUCAAUUUGGUUCUAUGAGAUCUACUCCAUUACAUCUAGCAGCUGAAGAGGGUAGUGUUGAAUGUACAAAGUUGUUAUUAGAUGCUGGUGCAACAUGUGAAGCAAAAAAUGCAAGAGGACAAGCACCAAUGCACUUAGCAGUUUUAUCUCAAUCCAUGGAAACUUUAGAAGUACUUAUAAAUAUUGGUGCUAAUGUCAAUAUUGAAGAUAAUGAUAAUCGUACUCCAUUACAUGCUGCAGUUGCAAAAACUACUAGAGGAAUAGAUUUAGUGAAAAUAUUACUUCAGGCUGGUGCUUUGAUCAAUAAAGCAGACAAAUUUGGUUACACACCUUUACAUAUUGCGGCAUUAAAUGAAAGUUCAUCAAUAGUAAUAAUGUUAUUAUCAAAAGGAGCAGAUGUUACUGCUAGAACAAAAGGUGGUAUAUCUGCAUUAAGUUUUAUUGUACGUAGAACACCAGAUGUAUUGCCUCGAUUUAUUUCUCGCUUAGAUCAAGCAAUUUCUUUACAUGAUCAUGAAUUAGGAGAUAUUGAUUGUGAAUUGAAAUUAGAUUUUAGACCAUUGGUAUCAGGUGGUAGAGGAGAAACUGAUUUGAUGCUGUGUCUUGUGGAAGUUGGACAAAGACACGUAUUGAAACAUCCUUUAUGCGAAAGCUUUCUUUAUUUAAAAUGGUUAAGAAUCCGUAAAUUUUUUUUAUUAAAUUUAAUAUUUCAUUCCAUAUUUGUCGUUUUUCUUACUGCAUAUAUAACAAUUACAUAUUUAAGUAAUAUUGAAAAUACUGAAAAAUUUAGAAAAUUAUUUUUUUGGCUAGUAUUAAUAUUUAUUGUGACACUAGCUAGUAAAGAAUUUUUUCAAAUGGUUCAUGGUAUGUACAGUUAUAUUAAAAGAUGGGAAAAUUGGCUUCAAUGGAGUGUUGUAUUACUAUCAAGUAUUGUAUUAAUUAUUCCAAUACAUAAGUGGCAAUAUCAUAUAGCUGCUUUGGAUAUUUUAUUAAUUUGGAUAGAAUUAAUGACUGUGAUUGGAAGAUUUCCAAUUUUUGGCCUUUAUAUACAAAUGUUUACUCAAGUAUCAAUUAAUUUUUUUAAAUUCCUAGGUGCUUACAUAUGUCUUAUAGUAGGAUUUUCUUUAGGCUUCAGUGUAUUACAUAAAAAUUAUGAUUCAUUUAACAACCCAUUAAUUGCUCUGUUGAAAACUAUUGUAAUGAUGUCUGGAGAAUUAGAAUUUGAGGACAUAUUUUUUAGUUCAAAAUCACCAAUUUUAUAUUCUGGCACUGCACACUUAAUGUUUUUAAGUUUUGUCAUUUUAGUAACAGUAAUUUUAGCAAAUUUGAUGAUGGGUCUUGCAGUAUCAGAUAUACAAGAAUUGAGAAGAUGUGCUGGAUUAGAUAGAUUAGUACGUAGAGCAGAAUUAGUAGCACAUUUGGAACACAUGCUAUUUUCUAAAUUGUUAGACUAUGCACCAAAUACAAUAAUGAAAGCAUGCAGACAGGGUGCACUUUUGUUACAUCCACCACAUUAUUGUACAAUUCAUAUCCGUCCUAAUGAUCCACGAGAAAAACGUUUACCACAGGAAUUAAUGAAAGCUAUCUAUCGUUUAGUAAUUGAAAAAAAAAAUCGAAAUAUGAAAAAAAAGAUGCCUAUAUAUAAUACAUAUAAUAUAGAAAUGGACAUUCCUAAAUUAAAUCGACUUUAUAGUACAACCUCUAGUGACAAUAAUCAUCAACAAUUAAAUGAAAUAAUAGAUGAAUUACAAAGAUGUUUUUAUAAUAUUAGUACACAUUUAGAUGAGUUAAUUAAUAAAGUUGAAAGCAUUGUUAGAGAUUGUAAUAAUUCUAAUACAUACAUUGAUCCAUUAGAAAUAAUACAUCUUUUUAAAGUUAAUGCUAAUACAUCACAAAAUGUCAUUGCUUUUCCAAAAGCAAUGACAGAACAUAAAGGUACAUCUUUUUACAAUUCUUGUGUGAAAGUUCCUGUAAAUCCCUGUAAUAGGCAACCAACUCCUUCUUAUGAACGUCUUGAAUUUAAAAAGAAUAAAGAAGAUAAUGAUCUUUAUAAUAAAUAUAACAUGAAUUUUAUAAAAAAUGAUCAUUUUGUUACUGAAUAUAAGAUAUCAAAUUCUACAGAAGAUAUGGAUAUCUUUUUAGAAUUUCUGGAUAGUAUACCAGAUUAUGGUCAAGUUUAUCAUUUAUCAAAUGAGCAGUUUAAACAAAAAGUAGAUUAUUUAAAAAGGAAACAAAAAUUAUUAUUAAAAAAUUUACAAAAUUCUCUGGUUGAUCAUGAAAAUAUAAAUGAAUCUAAAUUUUCAGUGUCUAAUCAAAAAUUAAAGUUAAAAAGUAAAAAUGAUAUUAAUGAUUUAGCAUUGAAUGGUAAAAAAUGUUACUUAGAAGAAUCUUCUAGUCCCAGUCCAUUACUUUUUCUUUCCAAUAAACUUAAUGAAAAUGAAAUCUCAGAAGAUCAGGAUUUCUUAAUAAAUAGGUAUAUAUGAUUAGAUAGAAGUGAAUUUCUUUUAUCUAAUUAUGACUGCAAUUUUGUUAUCAUUUUUAAAUAUAGUAGAAGAGAUAAGGAAAAUGGAACUGAGUGUAAGAAGAAAAUAUAUUUGAAUAAUAAAAAUACAUGUGAUAAAAUAAAUAUCAACGAUAAUAUUGAAAGUGAUAUAGAUAAUGCAGAAACAAGGAGCUUACCAGCCAAUAUUACAAAAGAAUGGCAUCCUACUGUACCUAAGCCAUUUAAUUUUACUUUAAGGUAAUAAAUUAUAUUUUUUUAUUUUAAUAACAAAUUAAUUGACUUAUUUAUAUUGGAUAUAAAAUAAUAAUACAUUAUAUAUUUUAGGGAGGAAGCAGAAAAGCAUAUGAAACAUAUUAAAAUGGAGGAACAAAAAUAUAAAAAUGUGAGAAAUAAUAAAAAAAAUGUAUAUAGAAAACGACGUGUAAGAUCGAUUCCACUUACAUCAAAAAUUCCACUUUAUGAUAAAUUAUUGGCUGAAAAGGAAGAACGAAGUCGUAUAAUUCGUGAAGAAAGUGCCUUAAAUUUAAUGUCUCAAGUACGUCCUUUUAAACUCGAAUGCGAUCGUCGAGCUUGGAGGUUUUUAGCAAGAUCUAGCCCAGAAAUUCGUAGUAAAAAUGUUAAUCUAAAUACAAAAUUUAAAGCUAAACCAGUACCAAAAAAUCUUUUCAGUACAGAAAUAUAUGAUCGUAUGCUUGAAGAUGAAUAUGGCAGACAAUUACAAAAACGAUUAAGAGCUGCGCAAUUAAUGAAAUCAUCCUCUUUACCUCCGUCGAUGGCGAGACGAGAACGAAUCAAAUCUGCAUGCACACAUUUACAAAGUACAUUUAAAGAUUGUAACAAAAAUAUUGAAAAUAAAAAUGUUUCGCAAAUGUCAAAUUAUAAUUCAAUAUCAUUAGAAAGAUGUAAAUCUAUGAUGCCACUUUUGCCUAUACGAGGAAAUAAUUUAGCAGCAAUUUUAAGAUGUCAAGUGUCACGAGAAAAAUUAGAACGUGAAAUAAGAGAAAAAAUGGAAGAGAGGCGUCGAGAACAAGCUGUAAAAAUUAGACAAUCUUUGAUUGGACGUAAUCCAGUAUGGCGUGCUUUGAGAUCCGCAGUGAGGCACGAACACGAAAGAGAUCUUAACAUUCGAACUUUGCUUCGUCGUGAUGAAGCACGUGAACAAGCGGAACGUCAUCGAUUACAAAUGGAAAUGAUGUUGGAUCGUGUAACACAAAUACCAACUCUUUUCGAACGUCAUUCUCAGAGUUAUCAAUCAUUGACUCAGACACAACAAAAUGUCAAUAAUUCAAAAAUGUUACAACGAAGAAGAAAGAAGAAAGAAUUGAGUACCAUGAAUUCAUAUAUAAAUUACGAAAAUAUUUCUAAAUCAGAUUCUGAAUCCCUAACUAGUUCUUCGGGUAGUCCCUUAUCAAAUCAAUCUUUAAAUUCAUCAAAUACAUCUAUAUCACAAAUUUCUGAAAAAUCGAUAACUAAAUCUCAAACUUUACUUUCAAAAAAAAAAGCUAAUCGCAGCCAGUUAAAAGUUUCAAUAAAGGAGACUGCAGAGCUUAUCGAAGAUCAAAACAAAAACAAAAAAUUGUGCAAUAAUGAAUAUUUAAUCUCUAAUGAUGAUUGUAAUAAAAAUAUAUUACAUGAUAAUCAUAAUAUAGAAAUAAUUACUGAUGUUCAGUAAACAAUUAUUUGAUUAAUAUUUAUUAAUCACAAUUGUAAAGAGACAGCAAAAAGAUAGCCGGAGAACUUUAAAUUAAUAAUAUUAAUAAUUUU